GGGCUCCCGGCGGCCCCUUUGUGUGGGCACCAGUCGCCGGCCGCGCUCCCGAGAAGCCGCCGCCGCCAUUUUGUGCGCGCCCUGUGCUCGCCCCCACCCCCGCCCGCCUUUCCGCGGGAGCGGCGGCACCGGGGAGGCCCCGACUGCGCUGCCGGGCCGCUGAGGCGGGAGCGGAGGCGCCGCGCCGCGCCCACGGACCCACCGCCGGCGGCCGCCGCAGCCCUGAGGUCGCGCUGCUCGCGGCGGGGGGAAGAGGCGGCAAGACGGAGCAAGGGGGGAAAAAACCUCCGGAGCUGCUGCCCCCGAACAGGAGGAGGAGUCUCGGGGCCAGGCCCAGGCGCGGCGGCGGCGGCGGCGGCAGCAGCGGCGGCAGCAUGGAGAACUCGCAGCUGUGCAAGCUGUUCAUCGGCGGGCUGAACGUGCAGACCACGGAGGCCGGGCUGCGGGAGCACUUCGCGGCCUACGGCACCCUCACCGACUGCGUGGUCGUGCUCAACCCGCAGACCAAGCGCUCCCGCUGCUUCGGCUUCGUCACCUACUCGGCGGUGGAGGAGGCGGACGCCGCCAUGGCCGCGUCCCCCCACGCGGUGGACGGGAACGCGGUGGAGCUGAAGCGGGCCGUGUCCCGGGAGGACUCGGCCAAGCCCGGCGCGCACGCCAAGGUGAAGAAGCUCUUCGUGGGCGGCCUCAAGGGGGACGUGGGUGAAGGGGACCUGGUGCAGCACUUCAGCCAGUUCGGCCCCGUGGAGAAGGCCGAGAUCAUCGCCGACAAGCAGAGCGGGAAAAAGCGCGGCUUCGGCUUCGUCUACUUCCAGAACCACGACGCCGCCGACAAGGCGGCCGUGGUCAAGUUCCACCCGAUCCAGGGCCACCGCGUGGAGGUCAAGAAGGCCGUGCCCAAGGAGGACAUCCAGGCGGGCGGGGGCGGCGGCGGCUCCUCCAGGCCCUCGCGGGGAGGCAGAGGAGGAGGAGGAAGGGGUCGGGGCGGCGGCGGCUCCGGCAACCGGGAUCACAACGGGCUCUCCAAAGGGGGCGGCGGUUACAACAGCUACGGCGGCUACGGCGGGGGCGGAGGCGGCGGGUACGGCUCCUACGGCGGCGGGUCCUACGGAGGCGGCGGCGGAGGGGGCGGCGGCGACUACGGCAACGGGUACGGCGGGUUCGGCAGCUACAGCCAGCACCAGUCCUCCUACGGCCCCAUGAAGAGCGGCGGAGGAGGGUGCUCUUCUGCCUGGAUGAGAGGAUGGGAAAGCUGAGCCCUGAAAAGCACACCACAAAAGUCCAGUUUCUGAUAAAUACAUAAUGUGACUGCAGGGCAGGAAGUCUGUGCCUCUGACACAGGUGACUGCGGGUGACAUCCGUGGCUUAUGCUACAGAGAAGAGUC